UUCUCUGUGCUCUGAACAGCAGCGAUCUCAUUUACGCACAUUACGUGAACGUAGCACAGACUCCGGUUACCGGGGCCGCGUCAGCGGUUUCUAUUUUCUCCAUCUCGCCCUCCGACCCGGAAGUGCUCGCGCACACACAUAUGCUCACGUACCCGCACGCAGAGCGGACGCGUUCCUCCCUCCAUCACACACCGGACUCCGCUUCGACCACCGACACCGAGCUCUGCGGGCCGGACCGAGCAGGACCGCGCCAUGUCCCUGCAGCUGCCCCCGUGCGUGAUAGACUGCGGGACCGGAUACACAAAGAUCGGCUAUGCAGGAAACACCGAGCCACAGUUCAUCAUGCCGUCCUGUAUUGCAAUCAAGGAGUCGGCCAGCGUGGGAGAGCAGGCCCAGAGGAGGCUCGUACGAGGAGUCGAUGACCUGGACUUCUACAUCGGCGACGAAGCCGUAGACAAACCCAACUAUGCAACCAAGUGGCCAAUCCGACACGGGAUGGUGGAGGACUGGGACCUGAUGGAGAAGUUUAUGGAGCAGGUCAUCUUCAAGUACCUGCGAGCUGAACCUGAGGACCACAGCUUCCUCAUGACAGAGCCUCCUCUCAACACUCCAGAGAACAGGGAGUACUUGGCUGAGAUCAUGUUUGAGACCUUCAACAUACCUGGACUCUACAUCGCAGUACAGGCGGUGCUGGCGUUGGCGGCGUCCUGGACAUCCCGGCAGGUGGGACAGAGGACUCUGACCGGCAUCGUCAUUGACAGCGGAGACGGCGUCACACACGCCAUCCCCGUGGCUGAGGGCUACGUGAUUGGCAGCUGUAUAAAACACAUCCCCAUAGCAGGGCGGGACAUCACCUUCUUCAUCCAGCAGCUUCUUAGAGACCGAGAGGUGGGGAUCCCACCGGAGCAGUCUCUGGAGACCGCCAAGGCCGUGAAGGAGCGAUACUGUUACAUCUGUCCGGACAUCGUGAAGGAGUUCACAAAGUAUGACUCUGACCCAGGAAAGUGGAUCAAACAGUACCGAGGAGUCAACGCCAUCAGUAAGACCGCCUUCCACAUUGACGUGGGCUACGAACGCUUCCUAGGCCCUGAGAUCUUCUUCCACCCCGAGUUUGCUAAUCCAGACUUCAUGCAGCCUAUCUCUGAUGUCGUUGAUGAGGUCAUCCAGAGCUGUCCAAUUGAUGUGCGCAGACCGCUCUACAAGAACAUCGUGCUGUCUGGAGGUUCCACCAUGUUCAGAGACUUUGGCCGGCGGCUGCAGAGGGACCUGAAGAGGGUGGUGGACGCUCGGCUGAAGCUGAGUGAAGAGCUGAGCGGAGGACGGAUAAAGCCAAAGCCGAUGGAGGUUCAGGUCGUCUCACAUCACAUGCAGCGUUACGCCGUCUGGUUCGGAGGCUCUAUGUUGGCGUCCACGCCGGAGUUUUUCCAGGUGUGUCACUCGAAGAAGGACUACGACGAGAUCGGGCCGAGCAUCUGUCGACACAACCCCGUGUUUGGCAUCAUGUCCUGAUGACAGCGGCGAGCCCAUCGGCCCGCUAACCUGUUAGCCUGCUAGCAACCAGCCACUCAGCCAUUAGCCUGAUAGUUUUUUGCCCUUCUCAGUUUUCACCUAUGAAGCUGCUAACCUGUUAGCGGGCUAGCUCAGUAUCAUCAAGCACAUGGAGAACAUGAAGCACAAAGGCAGUUAGAGAGCACGACAAAGUUUGCAGUGGUUUUGUUUUGAUAAAUUUACUCCACAGAGAAAAAAACGUCUUCAAGCAACUUAAAGAAGUCCAGACGCUUUUCUUUGCAAGCUCCUUUGUCCACAGAGAAGAAUUUUACCGAGAACAAGAGGAGCUGCAGGAGACCUGGUGUAGCUAGCCAACCUUCUUCCAACACGUAGCAGUGCUAAUAGAGAUCCUCCGAAGCUGAGGCUGUUGUCCCGACAGCAGAUAGAGAUAAAUAUGGCGCCUGCUCGCCUCUCAUCCUCAUUUCGACCUCUUAUCAAACACAAGCCGCCGCUCUGUGCUGAAGCUGGCGACGGUGGAUUUAACAGGACAAGCCUCUGGAUGUUUUCUGUCACUCGGCAUUUAUGUCAGCAUGUUUGUGGCCCUGCUAUCCGAUUGUUCAGUCUGACGUCACUAGCCGUGUCUGGGUCUAAACUCUGCU